AUGACGGCAAGCGAGUUCGGAUGUACAUUAUCCGAACUUCGCGCAUUGAUGGAUCUUCGAGGUGCUGAAGCUCUUGCACAAGUGAAUAAGAAAUUUGGCGGUAUCGAAGGUUUAUGCGCGAAAUUGAAAACAGAUCCAAUAAAUGGAUUACCCAAUGAAAAAUCAUCACUAGAAGAAAGGCGAAGGAUAUUUGGAAGGAAUGAAAUUCCUCCAGCACCUUCAAAGUCUUUUCUACGGCUAGCAUGGGAAGCUUUGCAGGAUAUAACGCUUAUUAUAUUGUUGGUCUCAGCACUUGUAUCUUUAGGCUUAUCCUUUUAUAAACCACCAGAAGAUUUAGAAGCAGGUGGACAUGACGGUAAUGAACGAGAAGCCGGCUGGAUUGAAGGAGCAGCUAUAUUGCUUGCUGUUAUUGUUGUAGUUUUGGUUACAGCUUUAAAUGAUUGGAGCAAGGAAAAACAAUUUCGAUUACAAGCAAAAAUAGAAACAGAACACAAAUUUUCUGUAAUACGAAAUGGUGAAGCUCUCGAUACUGUUGUUACUGAAUUGGUUGUUGGUGAUAUUGCACGGGUUAAGUAUGGUAUGACAGUUUUUUUUUAA